CGGGCCACGGUCUCGACAAGCAUGAGCACUGUGCGCAGUUUCCGGGACGCAAAUGCGCAUAGCGGCUAGAUCCGAAGCAAGAGAUGGGUGUCGCUGGCAGCGUCUUCUUCCAUUAAAGUUAGGGCCCUGGGCGUAGAGCUGCAAAGUCGUCAAUUUAGAGCAUGCGGCAGCUCCAAUAGGAUCUCUUCUAGAAGCGCAAGGAUUUUGAAAGGUGGUGGUGUCCAAUCAGUGUGGCAUGACUUCUCCCGCUUGAAAAGCAAAGAGGCAUAAAGCCUAGAGAGAAGGCGCAUUGGGCCUGGAUUCAGUUUGGAGUCUUUGAGACCAUGGCUGAGACAGGCGUUGCAGGGAGUUUGCGAGGAGAGACCCAUCAGAGCUUUCCCCGGGCAGCAGCAGUCUCCAAAGGCUACAACUUUGCAUCCACGUGGGAACAGAAUGCCCCUUUGACUGACGACCAGGUGGCAAUCAUCUCGCUCCUAGCCCAAGCAUCUGCGGAGCGACCACUGCCCCCUCAUGUGGCUGGAAAGGGCCCCGAAGCAUCAGAUGCGAAUGGACGGCCUCGAGACUCAAGCUCUGGGGAGACCAGCACCUCUGAUUCCAUCCUACACAACACACACCAGUUCUACAAAUGGUAUUCAGAACUGGAAUCAACAAUGAACUUUGAGAUGGAAGAGAAGUACCGGCGGUAUGUGGACACAUUGACAACACAUCUCAAAACUUGUGAUGACAUCAUGGCUCAGGUAGACGAGACGCUGGGCCUGUUUGACGACCUGCAGGCGCAGCACGCAGCGGUUGCCACCAAGACGCAGACCCUGCACGACGCUUGCGAGCGGCUUGUGCAGGAGAAGGAACGCCUUGUCGAGUUUGCAGACGCCCUGCGCACCAAGCUCAACUACUUCGAUGAGCUGGAGACGGUUGCAGCGCAAUUCCAUUCGCCCAAUCUGACGGUCAACAACGCCCACUUCCUCCCUCUUCUCAAACGACUGGACGAAUGUAUAGCGUAUGUCGGUAGCAAUCCGCAGUACGCCGACUCCGCUGUGUACCUGGUCAAGUUCCGGCAACUGCAGUCUCGGGCGCUGGGGACGGUGCGGUCGCAUGUGCUGUCUGUGCUGCGCCAUGCCUCCCAACAGGUGCAGCAGGCGAUCAAGGAGAGCGCCUCCAGCAGCGAAGGGGGCAGGGCAGCCAACGUGGCCGAGGGGGCGGAGACGUCCUUGCUGUACGUCCGAUUCAAAGCGGCCGCCCCCUCGUUGAAGGCUCUGAUGGAGGAGAUGGAGACGCGCGCAGCGCGCAAGGAGUACCAACAGCUGCUCGCCGACUGCCACGGCCUCUACUGCGAGCAGCGCCUUGCACUGGUGGCGGGCGUGGUCCAGCAGCGCAUCACGGAGUACGCCAAGGCGCAAAGCCUGCCCUCGCUCACGCGCUCGGGGUGCGCGUACCUCAUGCAGGUGUGCCAGCUGGAGCACCAGCUGUUCGACCACUUCUUCCCUGCCUCCUCGGCGGAGCCCGCCAACCUGGCCCCCCUCAUUGACCCCCUGUGCACCGUGCUCUACGACACGCUGCGCCCGCGCUUCAUCCACGAGGCCGACCUCGACCUCCUUUGCGAGCUGGUGGACAUUCUGAAGGCGGAGGUGCUGGACGAGCAGCUGGGCCGCAAGGGCGAGGCCGUGGCCGGGUUGCGGCCCACCGUGGACCGCACGCUCGCCGACGUGCAGGAGCGCCUCACCUUCCGCGCACAGACCUACAUGCGCGACGAGAUUGCCAACUACAAUCCGACCCCCGACGACCUGGACUAUCCCGCCAAGCUCGAGAAAGUGCCCUCCACGCAAUCGGAAAUCCAGGAGGAGGGCGCGGCGGGCGAGGACGGCCAGGACGCGUACACGACGUGGUACCCCCCCCUGGAGCGCACGCUGUCGUGCCUCUCCAAGCUGUACCGCUGUGUCGACCACAACAUCUUCACCGGCCUCGCCCAGGAGGCGAUCAGCCUGUGUUCAAUGUCCAUCCAGCGGGCCAGCAAGAGCAUCGCCAAGAAAGCGGGCAGCCUGGACGGCCAGCUCUUCGUGGUCAAGCACCUGCUCAUCCUGCGCGAGCAGAUCGCCCCCUUCGACAUCGACUUUGCGGUCACAUACAAGGAGCUCGAUUUCUCGCACAUGCUCGAGCACAUGCGGCGCAUCUUGCGGGGCCAGGCCUCCAUCUUCGCGUUCUCCAGCAGCAACGGCCUCGUCCGAGUGCUCAGCAGCGGGGCGCCUCGGGUCGUGGAGAACCAGAUUGAUGCUAAAAAGGAGCUGGAGAAGGACCUGAAGCUGACGUGCGAGCAGUUCAUCAUGGCGGUCACCAAGCUCAUGAUCGAGCCGCUGCUCUCCUUCAUCACCAAGGUCACCGCCGUCAAGACCGUCAGCGCCAGUGGGGGAGACCCGGUGCCGCUACGCACGCAGGCCUUUGCGCAGGCCGCCAAGGUGCACGAGAUCAUGGACAAGAUGGACGAGGCCAUUCGGGCGGAGCUGCCUCCCGUGGUGGCCAAGAUGAAGGUGUACCUGCAGAACGUGAGCACGCGGGCCAUCCUCUUCAAGCCCAUCAAAUCAAACAUCUUGGAGGCACAUGGGCAGAUUGCUUCACUCAUUGAGCAAGAAUAUGAUGAUGAAGACAAAGGAGUCAUUCAGCUACAAAGUAUCGCUGAACUGCAACGAAAGCUCGAUGCAGUGAUUGGACUGUAAGAGGUCGGUAUUUGAGUUUGCACCUUUUACAUGAUGUGAGUCGUUGGCAUUAGUUAUGAUCAUGUAAGCCCAAUUAUCACCUGUUCGAGAACGUAGUCCUCGGGCCAUGCAAUCAACACAGUGUUCACAAUUGCUUAUAACGUCGGCGGC